GUCGAAACAUUUGAAGAAAAAACUGUCCGUGACCUCUGGGAGAAAGACCCAUUCGAUGGACACAAGUACGUCGUGAAUGCAGUCAUCAUUAGAUCCAGGAACAAUAAUGAAAACAGACGAAGCCCAAUCCUAAAUUGUUGCGAUCGAGAACCAAUGCAUCCGCUAUCAUUGUCAGGUUACGAAGACUCGUUCGAUCGAAUCUAUCAGCCAUUCUCCACUGAGAACGAAUCAGAUUCUACUCGUGACAAUAUUAGUGGCGGCGGCAAGAAUAGUUUAAUUGAAGGAGCAACAACUGCUUCCAUCGCUGCCAGCCCUUUCGCCUGGACUCCUCCAAAGAACCAGAAAGAAGAGGAAAAGAUGCAAAAUUUUUAUUUGCAAGUCGCCUACGAAGGAAAUGCAUUUUGUGGAUGGCAGACCCAGCUGAAGAAUUUGGUAAAACCUUCCGUGCAGCGGACCUUGGAAGAAUGGUUGACGGUGCUCCAAAACAACGGGCAUGCACUAGAAGCUGACAUUAUUGUAGACGCUGUAAAAAAUGCCGACAGGAAACGAGAGAGGCGACUGAAAAAACAAGGGAAACGGGAGACGAAAAAUGUGACCAAGAAAGACUCACGCAGCGAGAACUCGUUUUCUACCGCACCUCGGAUCAGAUGGGCAGAUCUUCCGGUUGCGGGCCGCACCGACGCAGGAGUGUCCGCGAUUGGACAAGUUUGUCGGUUCCGAACACAUCGGAAGGACCUUACAGCCGAAAUGAUCAGCGACUAUUUGACCAAUAGAAUAACAACAGCGCCUGAGAUCUCCCAAUCCCUGGGUAUCACCAAAAUAGUAAAGGUUUCAAGAUCCUUCCAUCCAACCUUUUCGACCUCAUGUCGAGCCUAUGCCUAUCUGAUAGAUGUCGAUACGGAGCACAAUAGUGACUGCGACGGUGUACUAGAGCUAUUCAAAGGCGGAAGAGCCAAACAUCAAAUCUCCUUGUUAGACGGCAUGUUGCAAAAGCUAGAAGGGAAAGCAUUGGACUACAUCGGUCUCUCCUACGGAAGAGUGAAGACGCUCAAUACGAUUUGUACACUGCACCAUGCAAGGGCGAAAUUGGUCCGGUACGAGACUUCUGCCGGAGCAAAAAGCCGUGCGCGCACCGCCGUGUGCAUCGAGCUGGUCGGAGAUCGCUUUCUUCGUCGCAUGGUGCGUCUCUUGGUCGAAGCCUCCGUGCGGCUCGUUUCCACUGCGGAGAAGAACGCCGAGACCGAACCGCCGGUGAUCGGUGGCAUCGCAGAUUGCGGAGCCACCACAGACGCCUUGUUGCAGCUCGUCGAGAAGCGGGACCGAACCAUAGUUGGUCGCCCGGCUCCCCCGGAUGGCCUCGUCUUUGUCGGAGCAAGAUUGCCCUUGGCCUAACACAGCCAUGUUUUGUUCUUGAUCCGGCGCUGCUUUGUAAGGAUGACAAUUCAUCCUAAUGAAAUUCCUCUGUUGCGCUUCUGCAAACGCUCGUGGACAUAGAAAACGUAAUGAUUGUUUCACGUAGCCACAUGAAUAUGCAAUACAAUAAGGUAGAAAGC